AUGGGAAGAAUUGGAAAAAGUUUUUUAAGCUGCUUUGCCCUGAGGUAUCUCUGCACUGACGGCUUUACAAACGCAAAAACAGCUGGAAUCAUUUGGCCUUGGAUAUGGGUUCAAGGUAUAUUUUCCUUACGGAGAACUGCUUACGGGAUGGUCGCACUAAACAAAAAGGGUGAUCUAAAUGAGGUUAUCAUUCAAUGUUCUGAUGACAAUACUUCAAAACUAAGGGAAUCUCUCAUCAAUACUAAAUUUAUCAACUGGAAUAAUGUUAUAAUAAUAUAA